GAACUGGCCGACACACUGAGGGGCGGAAUGGUCUCUGCUACCACUUCUGGGUCUGAAGAGAACUUCUCAUGUCCCAUCUGUCUGGAUGUGUUCAACAGCCCAGUCUCCACACCAUGUGGACACAACUACUGCAGAACCUGUAUUACAACAUUCUGGGAUGACAAAGUCCAGUACAAAUGUCCAGUUUGCAACGAGCUCUUUCACACACAACCUGAUAUACAGGACAAUACCCUCUUAUCAGAGAUGGUUGAUCAGUUUAGAAGGUCUGUACGAGUAAAAGAGCAGCCUUGUGUUGAACCUGAAGUUCCCUGUGACAUCUGUACUGGGACCCAGCUGAAGGCCGUGAAGUCCUGCCUAGUGUGUUUUAUCUCUUACUGCCAAACCCACCUGGAGCCACAUCAGAGAGUCACUGUUGUGAAGCGCCAUGAGCUGGUCGAGCCUAUGGACCGUCUGGAAGAGAAGAUGUGUAAGAAACACAACCAACCUCUGGAGCUCUUCUGCCAGACUGAACAGGUGUGUGUGUGUCAGUUAUGCACAGUGACGGACCACAAGUCCCAUCCUGUUGUACCUCUGAAGGAGGAAUAUGAAGUGAAGACGGCCCAGCUGGGCGAGAUAGAGUCUGAAGUUCAGCAGACGAUCCAGGAGAGACAACGAAAGAUUGAGGAGAUCAAGGAUAGAGAGGAACGCUGCAAAGCAGACGCGGCCGAUCAGAUCGCCUCUGGUGUCCGGGCCCUCAAUGCCCUGAAGGACCGCAUUGUAGAUGGCCUGGAAAACCUAGACCAGAUGGUUAAACAGGAACUAGAAUCCACAGAAGAACAAGUUUCAGGCCUAGUCAAAGAGCUGGAGCAGGAAAUAGAAGAUAUAAGGUCAGAGAUGAAGCAGCUCUCACACAUUGAAGACCCCCUCCACUUCCUCCAGACGUUGAGAACCCUGAAUAAUCGUCAAGCCACCAGGGUCUGGACAACGGUGGAGAUCCACUGUCCGUCAAUGAUAACGUCCUACCUAGAUAACCUGAUGGGGCUGAAGAAAACGCUGAACAGAUACAUGGAUGGAGUGCCUGACACAGAGUCAGUUCUAAAGAGAUAUGCCCGUCGCCUUACUCUGGGCUGUGUAACUUAG